AUGGCCUCAUCCCUGAGUGCCGCUGAACUAGGCAAUGUUCGGGCUUUGUUCGAACAACAUGCUCUCAUAUAUGACACUAUUGGCAAGACCUGGGCACCUACAUCCUUAUGUCUUUGGUCCAAAGAUGCUCAAAUACCUGGGAAGGUGACAAUCCUUAGUCAAUAUGGAGAUCUGAAGGAUUUCUUCGUCGGCAUACUAAAAGUUAAGAUUCAUGACCUUGGCAUGCUUGUCGAUGAACUCAGCCAGGUCGCGAGUUCGAAACUCACAGUGGAUGAUGUGAAGAGUCUCAUCUGGCAGAUAAAUAGUUUCUCUCCGUCACGCAAGGCUCUCGAAAAACUGAAAACUUUACCAAUUUUCCCAGUGAAAGCGGCAAGCAGAGGAUUGGACCCGGCCGUGCUGCGAGUUAGAAAUGAGAAGUUUUCAAUCAUCGACCGCCAACCAUGGGCCGAUGCAUUCCAGGGCAGAAUCGACUUUCUUGAUUUUAACCUCGAAGAGGUCCGGAAAUUGCAGCAUUUCUUGUCUUCUUUCGAUUUUGAGAAUUAUUAUUUGUCUCGUGCUAUAGCAGAGACGUCAUCGUUCCAGGGUGAGGUUCGAGAGCCCAAGCAGCAAACGGACGAGACAGCUAAGAACUCUCAGGAAUUUAGUGCACACUCAGAGAGCGUUGAGACUGUAACGGUUGAAGUACACAAGAGCAAGCUUCACAUCUCUGAAGAUUCUGGAGUUCUGAAGAUGUACGUUCCGAAGGACAGGAAGGACCAAGAACUCUGUUUCCUUCAGCUUUUGCCAACAAAGCUUUUCAACGAGGUGAUGAUGGGAAAGAAAACCAACAAUUCAACAGUAGCAUCUGACUCUGAAGCUGUCAGAAUCAUAGCUGCCCUCUUCAUGUCUAGUGAUGAAGUUGUCUGCGAUUUAUUGGAUGACGCAGACCACUCGCGGGUCAAUAGGGAGAUUGAACUAGAUGCACCACCGAGGGAGGAUAGAGGACAAAGAGCAGAAGAAAGUGCCUCUUCACCCGGAUCUAGACUUUUGUCUCCAACCCCCCCUUCUUGCUACAGGACCAAUUAUCGAGCAGCAACACCCACAUAUCGCCAGCCUUCCACUAGCUCUUUCAUCUCACGCCCUUCUGCACCCCAGAGGAACGAACCUUCGCCCUUUUCGGACAAUAGUGGGCAAGCAGAAUAUCGUAGGCUGCUCAGCAAUGUCAUUGCAGCAGCGAAAAGCCAGAGAGGUGGAUUUCCAACCCGAGGAGCAUUCAACCUCGAUAAUUUGCUUAACGCUCUCCCCAUCGAAUCAGAUGCCGAGCCAGUUUCUUAUGGCCUUCCCUUCGGCGUCAGAAGCGAGAACCAGCUUGCUCAUGACAUGAAAAUAGGCGCGGUCGGGGAACUAUACGCGUUUGAAAUUCUAUCCCGAUUGGAAGCCCACAUUCCUGGGUUUGAUCGCGGCAACUGGCAGAGCACUAUCCGCCGACAUGUGACUGUUCAUGAAGACUAUUACGGCAUGGACCCAUGGAAAGGAGCGGAGACUGCCGAUAUCACCUACGACGACACAGAAGGAGAGUUCACCAAGCUCUUGGUGGGAAACGAGUAUUUGGAAGAUAUUUGGAUUGGGGCCAAGCCCAAAUUCUACCUCGAGGUAAAAGCGACUACGAAAGAAUGCAACACUCGGUUCUUCGUAAGCAAGAGCCAAUAUCAAAGGAUGGAGCGGAUGAGAUUGAUAGCUGGAGAAGUCUCCCCUGAGAUUUACAUCAUUCUUCGUGUGUUCAACCUCGGCAAGGAUACCAUCGACAUGCGCCUCUUUGUGGAUCCGAAGAGGAUCGAGGAUGGAGGGAGUUUGACUUUUACUCCAGAAUCGUACUCUGUCUUACCAGCAGGAAGUACCAACACUUGA